AUGGCUCCCACCAAAUGGAAGCGCUCCACACGGGCUUGCAUUACCUGUCGCUCUCGCAAGGUCAGAUGUGAUCUAGAGACAUACGGCUCACCAUGUUCCAACUGUCGAUUCAAUAACAUAGUAUGCCAGGCCGCGGGGAAUAACCGUCGCAAAAAACAAUUGAAAAAUCAUUGCAAGAAAUGUUCUGGGUCAAUCACUGAAAGUGUUCAUGUCGCUGAAUCUCAUACUUCCUCGCCGUCGCAUUCUCAUGAUUCGGACGACGAUAACAAGCCACUACCGGAACCGGAAGCCAGGAGUAUUCCAACUCCGGCGUCACUGGAUGAAAUAACAGAUGGUGCUACUCAAUUGGAUCCUUCGUGGCCAUGUUUGAGAAUGACCCACGUCCCCAGCGAUAACCUGGCCUUUCUCCGCCAAAAGGGUGCAUUCAAGAUUCCCGACAGACGACUGCUAGUCCCUCUAUUAACCAGCUACUGCAAUUGGAUCCACCCUCAACUUCCUUAUCUAGACUUGUCGACAAUCCUCGACGGGGUUUUUGACCGUGAAGGUCCAAAGAUCAGUCCUCUACUAUUCCAAUGUAUCAUCUACGCUGGUGCUUCACAUGUUCCUGACGGGACAUUCCAACGGUUUGGUUAUGCUUCCCGCUCCGAUGCUCAGAACGUCUUCUUCCAGAGAGCAAAGAUACUCCAUGAUCUCGACACCGAGAACGACCUUUUGGUAUUGUCACAAGCCACCCUUCUUCUAUCCAUCAACCAUCAAUGUUCCAAGACCAGCACCGUCUGGCUGGCCCAAAGCCAUCUCACCGCUCAACGUCUUGGCCUGGACCGUCCAUCCGUGUAUACCGGCUUGAGAGGGCAACGAGCCAAGCUAUGCAAACGACUAUGGUGGUCCAUGUUUCUUCGCGACAACACUUUACGCCUGGAACUAGGCACUCCCAGACAUUUCCAGGACGUCAGUCCCGACAUGCCCGCUCUGACGGAAGACUGUUUCGACAUCACCGACUUUCCCACCCACCUAAAGGAAUUAUUACCCGACGCCAGCAUCGUCGUCGAUCAAGACAUCCAUCGAAAACUAAUGCUCAUGUCUGUACGACGAGCCGAACUAGCCACACACCUAGCCCACAUCUUAAGCCUAGCCAGCCAAUUGAACGAAUCCAUUUCCACCAACACCACAGGCAGAAUGGAACGCAUUUCGGUGCUAUAUGAAAACCAACUCCGAGGAUGGCUAUCUCGACUAAACAAAGACACGCAAUUCAGUCCUCGGACCGACUCACAUAUCCUGGCCUAUCACUCUGGAUUAUUGUCCAUGCUGUAUCUAUCCGCGUCGAAUGCCUUGCUUCAACACCACCUCGCCGGCACAUACUCGUCAUACGUCGAUUUGGCCGUCCGAUCACAGAUGGAGAAUGACACAGAACGACUCCUGGAAAUUGCUCGCAUCUUGUAUCAGACGUCGUCGACGUGUUUCCCGCCCACGCUGGGAAUGGGUCUGGUGUACAAUGCCAUAAAUCGAUUCAUCGCCCUCGCUGAUUGGAGACGUCUACACGCCGCUCCUAGUCUGGUCCUCAAUCCAGCCAUUAAAUGUCUCUGUGCCCUCAUCAAAUCAACCCCUCGAGGCACGGCUGUCGCUGUGGCGUUGGCCCAUCUCGAGGCGAAAAUCAAGGCUUUGGAUAUCCCCCUUCCAUCAUCUACUGUGUCCCAUGCCGGUGAUGCUACUGAUCCGGUCGAUACUUUGAUCCACUCCAGUGGGUUUAUUUUACCGAACAAUAACAACCUCAGUGGUCUUCAGUCACCAGCGGAUUCGCUGUUGUCUUUUGGUGAUCAUAGUUCAUAUGUCAAGAAUGACGAUAUUAUCAUCUCCAAUGCUGACGCUGAUCAUGAAAUGGAUGACGAUGCUGGCCUAAAUACCAGUGGCGAUGCUGACGCAGGAAAGGAUGUCAUGACCAUCGAGGAGAUCUUUAACAUGGCUAUCCGCUCGGACCGGGCAUUGUCUCCUCAGGCUGGGUCUCGUGAGCGAGAUGGGGAGGAGGAGGCCAGUAAUGAGUUGACACAUCCGACGCCCGGAAUUAUGAUUCCCAUUUGA